UCUAGUAAAGGGUCAACAUGUUCUUACAGGUCCAACAAACAGAGAAGCCCAAAACGAAGUUGGGUUGGGUGAGCUCUUCUUCUGUUCGGUGCAACCAUCCGGACUCCGAAGGAGCGAAGGAGAAACACUGGAGAGAGAUGAACACAACACAAGCCAACCGGUGAGAUUUGAACCGAAGAGGAAUGAUGGUUUAAUCACGCACUUCCCAUCAUCUAUGGAGGGUCAUCAAUAGAUUCGUUAGUGUUGAGAAAUUUGAUGCAUUAUUAGCCAAUGACAUCCAUUCCAUCGAAAAACGUAUGGAUUCGACGGCAGCAAUGCCCUUGUGGGGAUUGGAAAUGUUAUGUUUCGUACGAAGGAGAGGGUGAAGAACCUUGUGUUGCAGCGCAGUUAGUGAAGUCCGAAAGGGUUUCAUCUGAAGCCAUGGUUGCCCCUUAUGUGGGGAUGGUGUUUAAGAAUGACAAUGAUGCGUUUGAGUAUUAUGGGAAUUUCGCUAGGAACAAUGGGUUUUCCAUUAGGAAAGAGCGAUCAAGACUUAGCCCACAAUUGGGUGUUUAUAAACGAGAUUUUGUUUGUUAUCGUUCAGGAUUUGCACCUGCUAAGAAAAAGCCCAUUGGGGAGCAUCAUAGAGAUAGGAAAUCUGUGCGUUGUGGGUGUGAUGCUAAGAUGUACUUGUCAAAGGAAGUAUGUGAAGGAAUUGCACAGUGGUUUGUAGUGCAAUUCAGCAAUGUACAUAACCAUGAACUCCUUGAAGAUGACCAAGUUCGCCUCCUUCCUGCGUAUCGUAAAAUUCACGAGGCCGACCAAGAACGCAUACUUCUGCUUUCCAAAGCUGGAUUUCCCAUUCAUCGUAUAGUAAAGGUAUUGGAAUUGGAAAAGGGCAUUCAUGGAGGUCAGUUGCCUUUUUUGGAGAGAGAUGUUAGAAACUUUGUUCAAAAUCGUAAGAAGAUUGUUCAAGAACACGACGCGUUGCUAAAUGAGAGACGAGAGAUUGAUACAAUGGAGCUUCUUGAGGCAUGUAAAGCCACUAAGGAAUCGGAUGAAGAGUUUGUUUAUGACUUUACAGUUGAUUCAAAUGAUAAGGUCGAACAUGUUGCUUGGUCAUAUGGGUAUUCUGUUAAUGCUUAUGCCAUGUUUGGGGAUGUAGUCUAUUUUGACACUACUUAUUCUUCAAUCACUUAUGGCUUACUAUUGGGAGUGUGGCUUGGCAUUGAUAACCAUGGUAGGACUAUUUUCUUUGGCUGUGUUUUGUUGCAAGAUGAAACGCCUCGGUCGUUUGCUUGGGCUUUGCAGACCUUUAUUCGUUUCAUGAGAGGAACAUUCCCGCAGACAAUUUUGACUGAUCUUGAUCCAGGGCUUAGAGAUGCAAUAAGAACUGAAUUACCUGCCACUAAGCACAUAAUUCCUAAAUGGAAUAUUUUGUCAAAGGUAUCUAGUUGGUUUUCUCUUCAUCUUGGAUCACAUUAUGCAGAGUUCAAAUCUGAAUUUGAUUUGCUGUAUUCUGUGGAGAGUACAGAGGAUUUCGAUAUUCGAUGGGGUCGAAUGGUAUCGAUGUUCGGCCUUGUUUCGGACAAGCACAUUGAUUUACUAUUUUCUUUUCGGGAAUAUUGGGUACCGUCGUACAUAAGAGGUUGUCUUUUAGCUCAAAUGGCAACACCAGCCUAUUUCAAAUCUGUUGAUUCAUUCUUAAAAGGAGUUUUUAAUGCACAGACGUGUUUGUGUAGCUUUUUUGAGAAGGUUGGCAUUUCAGCCAACUUCCAAGGCCAUGAGCAUCAGGAGAUGCAGUAUUUGCAAGCUAAGACAAAUAUCCCUAUUGAAGAACAUGCACGAAGCAUCCUCACCCCUUUUGCUUUCAAUGCUUUGCAGCAUGAAUUAGUGUUAGCCAUGCAGUAUGCUGCAUCUGAAAUGGCCGAUGGAUCAUAUCUCGUACGCCACUUUAAGAAAAUGGAUGGAGAAUGCCUUGUGAUGUGGAUUGCAGAGAGUGAACAGAUUCACUGCUCUUGUAAGGAAUUUGAAUCCUCAGGCUUGCUAUGCAGACAUGCUUUACGCAUAUUCAUUAUAAAGAAUUACUUUCAGCUUCCUGAUAAAUAUUAUCUAAAUAGAUGGAGACGGCAAAGCUCUCUAGGCUCAAGUGAUGGUCAUGGUAUUCAGAGUAAGGAUGGCGAUUGGUUUCAUGAAUAUCAGCACCUUACUGAGGCUCUUUUUGCAGAAGCGUCUGUCACCAAGGAACGUUGCGAGCACGUCCGUAAGGAACUAAUGAAAGAGCUCACCAGGCUUCUUAACGAGGUCAGGAGAAUGCCAGACGGUGACGGGACUGCAGCUAUGGAUUUGACUGAAUCACCAAAUGAUUAAUAAUGAUUCUGUAAAGGGAUUCUACGAAUUUGAAUUCAUCUGCGUCUAUACUUUGUGCAUGAUUGAGUAUUUGGGAAGGAAGAGAACUGCAUAUCACAAGCAGUUCUUUAAGUUCUAUAAGUUAGAACAUGCCUGGCUAGAACGUUGAAGAGAUGCAGAAUUAUCGUCAGAGGCUCUCGAGCGUUGUACGGUAUCGUAUCACAAGCAUCUGGACAAUUCAGCAUACGUCAUUUUGAAUCGUGGAUGAAUGAUUUAUAUCAAUCUCGGUAUGAACAUCUCUCCUAAGCUUAUAAGAAAUAUACUGAAUAUUUUGAACAUAGUUAGAUGAAUGAGGCAGCCUUCUACUUGUUUGUCGUUCUUAUUUCUGAAAACUUUAGCUGAUUUCAAUUA